CGAAGCCGUCUCACCUAACCUUUGUUGAUCACCAUGUCUGGCACCGGGCCUCGUGAGAGCAUCUUUCCAACGCGCAUGGCGUUGACCAACACCAAGCUCCGUCUCAAGGGAGCACAGACCGGGCACUCGCUUCUCGCCAAGAAGCGCGACGCACUCACCACCCGCUUCCGCGCAAUCCUCCGCAGGGUAGAUGAGGCGAAACGCAAGAUGGGUCGGGUGAUGCAGCUCGCCUCGUUCUCGCUCGCGGAGGUGACAUAUGCGACGGGCGACAUCUCGUACCUCGUGCAGGAGCAGGCCAAGUCAGCGUCAUUCAAAGUGAAAGCGAAGCAGGAGAACGUCUCCGGUGUCGUCUUGCCCGCGUUUGAGGUCGACAGGGUACCGGGUUCUGACUUCAAUCUUACUGGCCUUGGACGUGGUGGCCAGCAAGUCCUCCGCGCGAAGGAGGUCUACGCGAAGGCGGUCGAGACCUUGGUCGAGCUCGCAUCCUUGCAGACGGCGUUCAUGAUCCUCGAUGAAGUUAUUCGUGCAACCAACCGUCGUGUCAAUGCUAUCGAGCAUGUUGUCAUUCCUCGAUUGGAGAACACAAUCAAAUACAUCACGAGUGAAUUGGAUGAGAUGGACAGAGAGGAGUUCUUCCGUUUGAAGAAGGUGCAAGGAAAGAAGAAACGAGACGCGGAGACAGCGGAGGCAACCAGAAAAGCUCUGGAGGCGGAGGGUCACAAAAACAUUCAGCCCACGUUGGCUGGCGGCGGAGGCGAUCUUCUUGGAGGCAAAGAUGAAGACGUCAUAUUCUAAACCUUCGCCUAAACUUAUUUCAUCUGACGCUUUCGCGACAUCGUAUAUGAUACCCAUCGUCUUGUACAAUACAGCAAGUUGACGACGAUCCAGAAC